CCACGCAAUCCAUUUCUGCUUUCUUGUGUACUAAUCACUGGACUGACUUGGGCAGUUGCUGCUAUGAACGGGAUGAGCACUGCUUUCAUUAUCCAAAGCUGUGAGAACUGUUCGGACAUGGUUUCACUCGUCGAUGAGUUUGAUCUGCGUGGCGAGAAGUCUUGGUAUGCAGAUGCGACCGUCAGCGCCUUCAUGAUUGGAAAUGGUAUUGGAGGGACUAUCGUGUCAAAAGCAGCAGAUAGGUAA